GCCAGUGUGUGUGUACCAACAAGGAGGAAAUAGAUGAACAGUGAAGUGGCACGCCCAGCUGGUUGGACAAGUAGGGCAGGUAACAAAACAGGAUCUGCAGAUGAGAGGGCACGGCACGAGGACAGGUGCGCGACUGACGACACAGAGCAGGGAAUGAAGCACAGGAAAAGCUUUUACUAGUCAGGAGCCGUCGACUCAGCCUUGAUCUACCUCUGGACCACCAUGAAGCUGGCGAUUUUCUCCGUCGUCGUGAGCGUGGGUGUAAUGGGUGUUCUGGCCUUCCAGGCUUUCCGUCAGGAGUUGUACCUGCACGGGCUGAGGACGCACAUGAUGGAGACGUCAGUGGAGAUCACGAAGAAAGAGCAAGCCAUCCUCGAGGUGAAAAGCAAAAUUCAGACUGUGAAAAAUCAGCUGAAUGGCGUGAACAAAAACAUAGACGACAUGAAGAAGAAGAAGGAAGAGGUUGAAAAAGCGACGCAGGAGUUUGAGGCCAGUCUGCAGACGUGCAACAAGGAAAAGGAAGAGGCAGACAAAAAGAAGACAGAAAUUACAGAGUCAAUCGCCAAAUACAAAGCUGAUCAUGAAGAGGCUAAAGGGAAGGCCCAGGAGGACAUUCAGAAUUUGAAAGAACAGAUUUUGAAUCGUGACAAGGCUAUUUGUGCCUUUGCAGAUACAUCCAACGCAGAGGCACGGAAGCUGUGUGGAAUUCCUGACGCUCAGAAAUGAAGUCAUCUUGCCUUUCUUCAGCUUCCAUCACAUGAUAUUUUUACUUCAUGAAUACUUUUCCUGAUGAACUGGUAAAACUACAUUGUGUAAAACCAUAUCCACUUGCCAGAGGCAUAUUUUCUCUGCCCUUCCCUUCAGUGAAACCUGUGUGACUACCACAUAGUUUCAUGUUCUCUUAUGUUCGGUGUAAUUGUUUACCAAUUAAACCUACAGUAUAUCUGUGGUUUUAUUUGGUUAUAUCACAUUUUAAUUUGCCAAAGUAUUUAACACAUUUUUUUCCAGUGGCAUCUCAGUUACAUGUUAUAAAAUCUCAUCUGACUGGUUCUCUGUAUGAUCCUAAUGGACUCUUUAUUCUUCAAUGUCUGUCAAAUUAAACUGGAAAAUAUAGUGUUUUAUUAUGGCACUUUACAGAGAAAUAAAAGCCACUGUCUUAUGUACAGUUCUGAGGCGUGUUCCUCUACCUCCCCCUAGUGCAGAAACAUCAGGUUUCAUGCUGACUGAUGUCCCACAAUUUGCCUACAAUAUUAAAACAAAAUGUGCUCAAAACAUGUUUAAUAUACAUGAUGUGUGUUCCAUUUUCUUUAGUACAAUGAUUUUGCUGCUUGAAUUAUCUUUAAAAAUAUCUCGGGACAUUUGGUUACAUGUUUAUCACUUCCUCUGUUACUUUAAAAAUCCCUUUUUUAAAUACACAACUUAAGGUUAAUUUUAUAUAUGGUGUUUGAGAACAUAAAUGGUCAAAUUAUGGCCAGACUUGUGUGCACUUCUCACUAGCAACAAAACAACAUGGAGUAAUGACACUGGCUACUAUUUAGAUAUUGUUUUUUUAAGGUUAUUUUGAAAUGAAUAAUGUAAAUGUUGUAUCUAGCAGAACUUCAGGCCUGCAGUUGUUUUCAAUAUGAAAUAACACAAGAAACCAACAUUAAAUGCCAAUAAAUUGUUAAUAAAUUGUC